AUGCGGGAAAGACAGUCUGCCACCCUGCAACGAAGAAGCGUGCACCUUGUUUCCUCGGACUCUCCCAUAGACUUGACUAUAGAUGAUUCUGACGUCGAUAGGCAGCCCCCGAUAAAGAAACUGAAGUCGAAACAUUCCGAGUUCUCUACAAGUCAAUGGCGCUUUGACAACUCCUCCAGAGAGGACCAUGCUAGCACUGCGAGCGUACAGGAACAUAAAACACGCUCAAGAGUAGAGUUGGAGCGUAUUCUUCUCGGAACAGGGCGACAAUCGGGGCACGCUGAUGGCGAAGAGAACUCGAGCGUGGACGAUGAUAGUUCUCAGGACGGAAACGAUUCAGACCCUGCGUUUACUGAACUCCGAGCAAUGUUCUCUCUCAAAACUUCCAAGGGACGCGGGAAAUCGCGUGCCAAGCCCAUGGUUAGGAAGACGAAAGCAGCUGCAGAGGUUGGGCCUAGUGGGGAGACUUAUACACCCUACGAGGUUCAGGUUUUGUCAUUCAUCAAAGACAAUCCUGGGACAAUCCUAAUGAUCGAGAAGGGUUACAAGUUUUAUUUUCACGAAGAAAGUGCGAAAAGCUUGGAAUCGUUGCUUAUACGAAUCGGAACCUUCUCACUGCCUCUAUUCCCGUCCAUAGGAAAGAGGCUCCUCUCCAAAGGUCACAAAGUCGGUGUCAUCGAGCAAACAGAAACUGCCGCCCUCAAGAAAGCGGGCGAGAACAAGAAUGCUCUUUUCGAGCGCAAGCUUACUCAAUUGUACACAGCGGCAACCUAUGUCGACGAGGUUGGUUCUGUCGAUGACCUCGAUAAAUACUCUGCACCACCUCUUUUGUGUCUUGUAGAGAUUGAUAAACCCGACUCUACUGAAGGUGAAGUUAGCAUUGGCAUGAUUGCGAUUUCGCCAAGUACUGGUGACGUUAUUUGGGACGAAUUUCAUGACACGGUCAUGCGCGUCGAGCUCGAGACGAGACUCGUCCACACAAGGCCUGCAGAAUUACUGAUUCCCGGUGAAGGUCUUAGCAAGAUGACUCAAAAGGUUUUGGCGCAUUUUGCGAACGUUUCUCACGACCAACGAAUAAGGACGGAACAUUUCGACUCUGCGCUGAGCGGCUCAGAAGCUUUUGAUUUCAUCACAAACUUCUACACGACUAAAGUUACUGCCAGCGCGGAAGAGCUUAGCCCAGACAAAAUUUUGGCUAUUGUCGCUGGCCUUCCACAACUAGUUGCCAUAUCUUUAGCACACUCCAUCAAAUACCUCUCGUCGUUCAACAUCGCAGAUGCAUUUUUAGGUGUGAAGUUUUUCACAAGGUUCACUGAAAGGAGUCAUAUGCUUCUCAACGGCAAUACCAUCGCAAACCUUAUCCUGAACCAGAGAAUAGAUGCUGUGGAGGAAAUCAAGUCGAGCAAGUCGCCACAGCUAGUGGAACUUUGCCGUGUCCUGAAAAGACUCCCUGACCUUGCCAAGGGUCUGUGCCGCAUCCAGUACGGGAAGUGUACAUGUCAAGAACUCGCAUCGAUUCUUUCGGCUUUCGGCAGUGUUGCAGGUGCAUUCCCGGAACAUUCAGAGGAGUUCGAUUCAAAGCUCUUGAAUGACAUAUUUUCUUCUCUCCCGGAAAUAAGAGAACCGAUAGAAGCCUUAUUGGCUACAAUCAACAUCAAGAAGGCCAAUAGUGGCAGGAAAGACGACAUGUGGACAGAUCCAGAGCAGUUUCCUGCCUUGGACGAGUAUAAGUUGCUAAUCGAAACUGUGAAGUCAGAACUUGAUGAAGAGUUGAAGUCCAUCCGUAGACUGCUCGGAAGACCGUCCCUCACGUGGACGACUAUAGCGGGCAUUGAGUACUUGGUUGAAAUCAAGAAAUCGGAAGAUCGGACGGUGCCCACCAAUUGGGUGGUGGUAUCUGCAACCAAGUUCCUGCGGCGUUAUCACACCCCAGAGAUCAAGAAGUUCAUUGAUGAACUAUCUCGGUAUAAAGAAGCUCUUAAUGCGGAAGCUAACAAGGCUUUUGCAUCAUUCCUCAGUUCUAUUGCUUUAGACCAAUAUUCCGUAAUGCGGGAUGUGGUCAAUAAGUUAGCUAUGGCGGAUUGUCUACUGAGUCUGGCGCAUGUGGCCCACCAACAAGGUUAUGUUCGACCAGAGUUCAUCGAAGAAGAUUUCCUGGAAAUCGUAGAAGGACGGCAUCCUAUGAUUGAGGCAUUGCGAACGGAUCCCUUUGUGCCAAAUACCUUAUACAUAGGAGGUGAUUAUCCCAGGAGUAGCGUCAUUACGGGACCCAACAUGGGUGGCAAAAGUUCUGCUGUGCGCAUGGUUGCUCUCAUCGCAAUUAUGGCUCAAAUUGGUUCCUAUGUACCUGCCAAAGCUGUUAGGCUUGGCCUGUUGGAUGGGGUUUUGAGCAGGAUGGGAGGUAUGACGAAUAUUUUCUGGUUUGUCGUUGUCACUAAUUUCGAUGUUCAUGAAGCGUCUGAUGAACUUGCUCGCGGACGGUCAACUUUCAUGGUAGAGAUGGCACAGACGAGCGACAUACUGCAGAAGGCAACUCACAAAAGCCUGGUAAUUCUCGAUGAACUAGGAAGGGGUACAUCCACUGCCGAUGGGAUGGCCAUUGCAGACGCUGUCCUUCAUCAUCUAGUGGAACGCGUGAAGUGCAAGACAUUGUUCAUCACACAUUAUCCGCUAGUGGCCACAGAGUUGGAAAGAAAAUUCCCUGAGGAGGUGCAAAAUUUGCAUAUGAGCUACACAACGGAAACCCGAGUAAAUGGAACUCGGGACGUAACGUUUUUGUAUCAACUCACCCCUGGCGUUGCUUUGGAGUCAUUUGGCGUCGAGUGUGGUCGCCUUGCAGGUCUUCCCGACGACAUUCUUCAUAUUGCAUCAGAGCGCUCCGAGCUUUGCAGGACUGUCACUGAACAGCGCACACGACGCUCCAGGUCGCUACAUUCUUUUCAUCUACCUUUUUCCAGCUCAACACUUUGA